AUGAAAAACAUCAUCCGAUUGUCCAAAGAAGUCAAGAAUGCACUCAAUCUUCGAAAGCCUAUAGUAUCGCUCGAGUCCACCAUAAUCUCACAUGGUCUUCCGUACCCUCAAAAUCUCGAAAUGGCGCAAUCUGUCGAGGACAUACUACGAGAACACAAAGUGACCCCCGCCACAUGUGCAUUUAUAAAUGGGGUACCUCACGUUGGGUUAUCUACAUCGCAGAUCCAUCAAUUUGCCGAAUUGCCACGAGACUCGAUAACAAAAGUGUCCCGUCGUGAUAUAGGCUACGUGAUGGCUAAUAAACUAAAUGGUGGAACGACAAUUGCACUGACUAUGAUUCUAUCACACUUGAUGGGGAUCAAGUUUUUUGCCACCGGUGGAUUGGGCGGUGUGCAUCGCGAUGUUCCCGGUCAGUUUUCAAUGGAUGUAUCUGCCGAUAUAACUGAGUUGGGGCGUACGCCAGUGAGUGUGAUUUGUGCGGGACCAAAGUCAAUUUUGGAUAUUGACAAGACAUUGGAGUUUUUGGAAACGCAAGGAGUAUUUGUGGGUACGUUCAAUGAGGAUAGGAAACCGGUGCUGGAGUUGAAGAUACCUGGAUUCUAUUGUCGAGAAUCUUCCGUUGCUUCGCCAUUUGCGUUUGGCAGUUUUGGCGAAGCGGCAAAGAUUGUGCAUAAUCAGCAAUUGAUGAGUUUGCAAUCGGGGAAUGUGUUUUGCAUACCUCCCCCGAAGGAAACUGCGUUGGAGUCGCAGUUUAUUGAUAACAUUAUUGACAAAGCGAAUGAUAAAGCUAGAGUGGAUGGAAUCUCGGGUAAGCAGUUGACACCGUAUUUGCUUAGUGAAAUAGCCAGUGCAACAAAGGGAAAAUCUGUUGACUGCAAUAUUAGCUUAGUCAAGAACAAUGCGCGAGCUGCAGCAGUAAUUGCAAAUGAGUAUUACAAGUUGGAGAAAGCAACAGAGGACAAGAAUGCUACAGAACUGAUAGAAAAUGGAGGAACAGUGGCCAGAACAGGUGAACCUAAACCACAUGGCGCCAUUCACGCGGAUACAGACCCAUCAGUCAAUCUAUUAGUUGUUGGUUCAGUUGCAUUAGAUACAAUAAGCACAAUGACGACCCAAACAAAACUCAAGGACUCCAACAUUGGUAAAAUUACAAAUUCUAUAGGAGGAGUGGGGUACAACUUGGCAUUGGCUAGCAGUUAUAUCUCCAACUCAACCAAAUUCAUUUCUCGUAUCGGCACAGACUUUGCAGGUGACACUAUUGCCCAUCAGAUUGAGCAUCAAGGUGUAAUCAAUGUGAAGCUUACCAAAGGGUCAUGCAACAGUGCUCAGUACUCGUGCGUGCAUGACGAAAAGGGUGAUUUGAUCGUUGCGUGUGCAGAUAUGUCCAUUAUUGAAGAUACAGAAUUCCUGCAACAGGUUAUUGAAGAGAUCAACCAGAUUCAACCUCGUGUUGUACUAAUGGAUUGUAAUUUGUCACUGAAGUCGAUUGGCAAUAUAAUUGAGCAUUUUCAGGGACGGGCAAGUAGUCCAAAUUUCAUUGUGGAACCCACCUCGUAUGUCAAAGCUGAGCGGUUGGGCAAAGUGAAGUUGAGUACAUUCCCCCAUAACAAGAUUAAAUUGGUGACUCCAACCAUUGAAGAGUUGAACACCAUGUAUGAGUCAAUGGAAAAACAUCACCGGUUUGAUCUCGAUCGCUGGUUCCCCAUACUUGAUGCUAUGAACAUUGAUGCGUCAAUGAGGGAUAAACUAAAUCAAAUUGAUGCCUCGUUGUAUGCAAAAGGCGUUUUCCAACAAUGUUUCCACCUUUUGCCAUUUUUCCAAAAUGUGUUGGUGAAGUUGGGUGAUCGCGGAGCCAUGUUGGCUAGUAUAGUGGUGAACCACAAGGACUUGAAGAGCGUGCCAACGACAUCCAAGUACAAGCCUACUGCCACCGUAGUCAAUGAUGUUUCAAGCAAGUUGGGCGUCGUGGUUGAGUACUUUGCCGCGCCGAAACAGAAUCAGGAUUUGUCGAUUGUCAAUGUAACUGGCGCUGGAGAUACGAUGGUGGGUUAUUUAGCUGCAAGAUUGGCAUCUGAAUGGGAUGUUGCUACUGCUACUGACGCGGGCGAUGGGCGUGGUGCUUUGGGAGUGAGUUGGUUAGACUGCGAAGUAAAAUCUUGUGAACAAGUGUGGAAAAAGUGGGAGGAUAUAUACAAGGCGCAAUUGGCCAGUGGGCUCACUUUGUUGAGUGAAAACUCGGUCAGCGACAAGAUAUCGAGAUUGUGA